GCGGGGCCUGGGGGCCGGGCGGCUGUUUCCUGUCCUGGUGCAUGGUGGUCGGACGAAGGAAUUGUUGGAAAAUUUUCUCGGAGCUUGCGGGAUCUUAGUUCUCUGACCAGGGAUUGAACCUGGGCCCCUGCAGUAGAAGCGCAGAAUUGUAACCACUGGACUGCCAGCCAGGGAAGUCCCAGUAGUGGACAUUCUGACAAGUGUGAGGUAGAAAAUGUUGUUAGCCCAAAUAAAUCGAGAUUCUCAGGGAAUGACAGAGUUUCCUGGAGGAGGAAUGGAGGCUCAACAUGUUACCCUGUGCCUGACAGAGGCAGUAACUGUGGCAGAUGGUGACAAUUUAGAAAAUAUGGAAGGUGUAAGCCUGCAAGCAGUAACACUUGCAGAUGGUUCUACUGCUUAUAUACAGCACAAUUCUAAAGAUGGAAAACUCAUAGAUGGUCAGGUCAUUCAGUUGGAGGAUGGUUCUGCUGCUUAUGUUCAACAUGUACCCAUACCUAAAAGUACAGGGGACAGUUUGCGUUUAGAGGAUGGGCAAGCAGUGCAGUUAGAAGAUGGAACUACAGCAUUUAUUCAUCAUACCUCCAAAGAUAGUUAUGACCAGAGUGCAUUACAGGCAGUUCAGCUGGAAGAUGGCACCACAGCUUACAUCCACCAUGCAGUGCAAGUCCCGCAGUCUGACACCAUCUUGGCAAUUCAGGCUGAUGGGACAGUGGCAGGUCUGCACACUGGGGAUGCCACGAUCGACCCUGACACCAUCAGUGCUUUGGAACAGUAUGCCGCAAAGGUGUCCAUUGAUGGAAGUGAAAGCGUAACAGGUUCAGGAAUGAUUGGAGAAAAUGAGCAAGAGAAGAAAAUGCAGGUUUGCACUUCAGAAUGGCACCUAAAACUCUUCCCAAAUGUGGGCCUGAACUUCCCUUUCUUUUUUAUGAUUGUCUUACAAGGACAUGCAACAAGAGUAACUGCUAAAUCUCAACAGAGUGGAGAGAAGGCCUUUCGAUGUGGCUAUGACGGAUGUGGAAAAUUAUAUACAACUGCUCAUCAUCUUAAGGUCCACGAGCGGUCACACACAGGAGACCGGCCUUAUCAGUGUGAGCAUGCAGGCUGUGGGAAAGCAUUUGCAACAGGUUAUGGAUUAAAAAGUCAUGUCAGAACUCAUACAGGAGAAAAGCCAUAUCGGUGUUCAGAAGAUAAUUGUACUAAAUCUUUCAAAACUUCAGGAGAUCUACAAAAACAUAUCAGAACUCAUACAGGAGAAAGACCCUUUAAAUGUCACUUUGAAGGCUGUGGUCGGUCUUUUACAACAUCAAAUAUCAGAAAAGUGCACAUUAGGACACACACAGGAGAAAGACCUUAUUACUGCACAGAACCAGGAUGUGGGAGGGCGUUUGCCAGUGCAACCAAUUAUAAAAACCACGUGAGGAUACACACAGGGGAAAAGCCAUAUGUUUGUACAGUCCCUGGGUGUGACAAAAGGUUCACAGAAUAUUCCAGUUUGUACAAACAUCAUGUUGUUCACACUCACUCCAAACCAUACAACUGUAACCACUGUGGGAAGACAUACAAGCAAAUCUCCACACUGGCCAUGCACAAACGGACGGCCCACAAUGACACUGAGCCCAUCGAGGAGGAGCAGGAAGCCUUCUUUGAGCCUCCCCCAGGUCAAAGUGAAGAUGUUCUUAAAGGGUCCCAGAUCACAUAUGUUACAGGUGUAGAAGGGGACGAUGUUGUGUCUACACAAGUAGCCACAGUAACCCAGUCUGGGUUGAGUCAACAGGUUACACUCAUAUCCCAGGAUGGGACUCAGCAUGUCAACAUAUCUCAAGCUGACAUGCAGGCCAUUGGCAAUACCAUCACAAUGGUAACACAGGACGGAACGCCCAUCACAGUACCUGCUCAUGAUGCAGUCAUCUCCUCAGCAGGAACACACUCUGUUGCUAUGGUUACCGCAGAGGGUACAGAAGGGCAGCAGGUUGCAAUUGUGGCUCAGGACUUGGCAGCAUUCCAUACUGCAUCAUCAGAAAUGGGGCACCAACAGCAUAGCCAUCACUUAGUAACCACAGAAACCAGACCUUUGACCUUAGUGGCAACAUCCAACGGCACCCAGAUUGCAGUUCAGCUUGGAGAACAGCCAUCUCUGGAAGAAGCCAUCAGAAUAGCAUCCAGGAUCCAACAAGGAGAAACACCAGGGUUGGACGAUUAAUCCUCAGAACAAUCAAUGAAGCAAUAAAGCAAGAGGAGCCUUUCAUCUUCAGGCAGCAGAGACGCAUGAAGCCUGGGCCGAGGAAAAUUAGAAAUUUUCCGUUCCCGAAACACUGUACACAUUUUUAUGCAAGAGUGGAGACCAUUUUAUUCUUGACACUUUUGUGUAUAUAACCCUUGGAAUAGAUUUCCCAAACUGAUUCAUUGUGUACAAGGAAGUAUGAAAUUAGGGCAAUACAGUAAAUUUUUGUUACUCUUUUAUCAGAUUGCAAACUCCUAGAGUCUACAUGUAAGACCAGUGAAGUCUUAUGGAGUCUUAUGAUGGAUUUUUAACUUAACUGUGAAAAAAUUAAAGGCUGUAUCUAAAAUGUCAAAGGUUCUAUACGUCAAACAAUCAUAAUUCCAAAAGCCAUCAUGGAUAAUAAAGAAUGUAAAGCCUUCAAAUAGUUCCCUCAACUAGUAGAGUGUCUGCAGUUUUUGUUCUACUGUAUCCUUGUCCAUUUUUAUUUGUAUCUCACGGUUUGAAGACUAUUCAUUAUAAUUUCCCAUCCCUGUUAAAUACCAGCUCCUCAAGCUGAAGUGCUAAUUAUAUUAGCAUUACAUUGGAUUAUGUAUAAAAUUAUAAAGUUUGGUUAUUUAAAAUUAAAACGUUAAAUCCAGUACUUCGGUUUUGUUAA